GGCAGAGACGGCCUGAGGCCUGGGCCGGCCACUGCGUUCAGACUGAGUUCCUGCCGGAAGGAUGAAGAAUUGUCUUUAAGGAUGACAACGGGCAGGACGGGCCCAUCAACUCAUCUUCGCCUGUCUCCGGGCCCACCGCACCUCUCAAACCCCACACCAUUCUCAUUGCCCAGCCUGUGUCCCUACUUCCCCUAUGAGAUCUCUCCUCUUUCCUCUGUCCCUGGGAUAGGAACUUAGCCAGAAACAGACUGUCUCCCCUUUCUGUCUGCUGACAGCGUUUCUCUCCCUACUAUUACCUGUGCUCAGGCCCAUCCAACCAUCCUCCUCCCCAGCCUGACACACUUCCCCACCCUCUUCCUUCACCUGGGGGACCCUCUGCCUCUCCACCCUACCCACAAACCUCUUUUGUCUUGCUUUCCCAGGCAUGACAGCCUCCCUGCCACGACAGCCUCCCUGCCACCUCCCACCCCCACAUUCCCACCCCCACACUCCCACCAUCCUCCCAACCAUCCCAGCACCCUCCUUCUUAAUCUUGGGAGGCAUCUGGUCUGGCUGAACUGGAGAAUUCCGGGAUCUAGGCCAUACUCCUUAGCAGAGAGCCCCAUCCUUGGGAGGAGGAGCAGGAGAGAGCCUGAGGAUGAAGUGGGGGGGUGGGGGAGGAGGUGGGAAUAAGGUCAGGCCAGGAGGCCCCUGAGGACAGACUGUGGGGAGAGUGGGACUGAGGAGAAAGCAGAGGAACUAGAGCCAAGGCCAGUGGAAGAGGGGGGCCAGCAGGAGGUAUUUGCGGGGGAGGUUCAGCAGCUGUCUUUCCUAAGACAGGGACACAUGGGCCUGGUUAUUCCUCUUGUCACAUGUGGAGUGGUAAGAGAUGGGAGAGGGAGAAAGACAGGGCAGGCAAACAGGGCCCUGGCACAGAGAUAAGUGGGCUUAGCCAUCAGAGCCAUGGGGCCCCAACACCUGAACCCAGCUUAAUCCAGCACAUGCACCCCCUCACCUUGAAGUCCUCUCAAACUGUCCAGACUGCUUCCUGGAAACGCUGACCCCUGACAGGAUCUUCUCUAAUACAGGCAGUACCCACAUUCCCACUGGAGUAGGAGGAACAAGACAUGACCCCCAGUGUGUUAUUGAUGACAAAAGCAGGAAAGCAAGAGCCUUAACAGAUUUUAGCAGCAGAGUGCUGCCUUCUCUGGACCUGAGUCCUGGAGCCCUUCUCUACCCGGAUAGGUUCUAAAUCCUCCUCCUCCUUGGCCCACCUGUGCCCCACCUGUGCCCCGCCCCACUCUGCCCAGAAGUGCAAGAGCCCAAGCCGCCUCCAUGGCCCCAGGACGGAUUCAGGGGAGAGGCCCCAUUCAGGGAGCCACUCCAAGCAGACAGCCUGGCCAGAAUGGAGCUGACUGAAUUGCUCCUCGUGGUCAUCCUUCUCCUAACUGCAAGAAUAACUCUGUCCAGCCCGGCUCCUCCUGCCUGUGACCCUCGACUCCUAAAUAAACUGCUUCGUGACUCCCAUGUCCUUCACAGCAGACUGAGCCAGUGUCCAGACAUUAACCCUUUGUCCACACCUGUCCUUCUGCCUGCUGUGGACUUCAGCUUGGGAGAAUGGAAAACCCAGACGGAGCAGACCAAAGCACAGGACGUCCUGGGAACCACGACCCUUCUGCUGGAGGCAGUGAUGGCAGCGCGGGGACAGCUGGGCCCCACUUGCCUCUCAUCCCUCCUGGUGCAGCUUUCUGGGCAGGUCCGCCUCCUCCUUGGGGCCCUGCAGGGCCUCCUAGGAACCCAGCUUCCUCCACAGGGCAGGACCACAGCUCACAAGGAUCCCAGUGCCAUCUUCCUGAGCUUCCAACAGCUGCUCCGAGGAAAGGUGCGCUUCCUGCUGCUUGUAGUGGGGCCCAGCCUCUGUGCCAAGCGGGCCCCACCCGCCACAGCUGUCCCGGGCAGCAUUUCUCCAUUGCUUACACUGAACAAGCUCCCAAACAGGACUUCUGGCUUGUUGGAGACCAACUCCAGUGUCUCAGCCAGAACUACUGGCUUUGGACUUCCGAACAGGCUGCAAGGAUUCAGAGCCAAGAUUCCUGGUCUGCUGAACCAAACCUCCAGGUCCUUAGGCCAAAUCCCUGGACACCUGAACAGGACACAAGGACCCUUAAGUGGAAUUCAUGGACUCUUUCCUGGGCCCUCACCCAGGGCCCUAGGAGCCCCGGAUAUUCCUCUGGGAACUUCAGACAUGGGCUCCCUGCCACCCUACCUCCAGCCUGGAGAUUCUCCUUCCCCAGCCCAUCCUCCCCCUGGACAAUACACACUCUUCUCUCCUUCGCCAACCUCACCCAUCCCCACGGUCCAGCUCCAACCCCUGCUUCCUGACCCCUCAGCCAUCACACCCAACUCUUCCAGUUCUCUUCUAGUUGCAGCCCACUCUCACUUCCGGAAUCUGUCUCAGGAAGAGUAAGGUACUCAGCACUGCCAACGUCAGCCUCCACGUAGUCCCCUUACUUGUAGGAGAGGCCCUGGGAGACAGCUGCAGCUACACAGGCAUACCUCAUUUUAUUGCUCUUUGUAGAUAUCCUAUUUUUUACAGAUUGAAGGUUUGUGGCAACCCUGUGUUGUCAAAUGAUGGUUAGCAUUUUUUAGCAAUAAAGUAUUUUUUAAUGAA